AUGACUGCGCCUACUCACCUCGAUCCCUCCGAGCUGGGCACCAAGUCCUACUGGGACGCUGCAUACAGCACUGAGCGCCAAAAUUUCGCGUCCAACGCCGCUGACGAGGGCACAGUAUGGUUCAGCGACGCGGGCGCGGAACAGCGCAUGCUCUCGUUCCUCGAGGAUCUUGCCGAUGAAGCGCAUAUACACAAGGGCGUCACAGAAGAAGAAGAGAGUUCCGGGGCAAGGGAAGGUGCGCAGGUCGGUGAGGAAGGCGCGAGAUUUCUCGACCUCGGCACCGGCAACGGGCAUCUAUUGUUUGCCCUGCGCGAAGAGGAAUGGAUGGGCGACAUGGUCGGCGUAGACUACUCCCCUCAGAGCAUCACGCUCGCAAACUCGAUACGCGACGCGAAAGACCCUCCUUCCUCGUACACCAACAUCGCCUUCCACGAGUGGGAUAUCCUCACACAGCGCCCCGGUGCAUGGCUGGCCUCUGGGUUCGACGUCGUCCUCGACAAGGGCACGUUCGAUGCCAUCUGUCUGUCACAAGACACAGACGCGCAGGGUCGCAGGAUCUGCGAGGGAUACAGGGAGAAGGUCGAGCCGCUGGUGAAGAAGGGCGGUAGAUUCUUGAUCACGAGCUGCAAUUGGACUGAAGAGGAGCUGCGGGGCUGGUUUGAGGGAGGCCAGUUUACAUAUGACAGCAAAGUCAAGUACCCAAGCUUCACGUUUGGCGGGAAGACGGGCAGUAGUGUUGUCACGCUGUGCUUCAAGAGGGUAUGA